CGCUUCUGUCUUUCCUGAGCACCUCAAUCAGGCUCGAUGGAUUCAGCCUGAUUGGUCAUAACGCGUUUGGGCACCUCAAAAAUGUCUGGAUAUGCAUUGGGAAUGGUUCUCUCUCUUCUGCUGCUUGCUUCUACCAUUCAGGGCCUCCGGGGUGUUCAGUUGUAUCAUCAUGAAAAGUUGGAAGCUGUAGUGGGCCAGAACGUUUCCUUACCCUGCAUUGUAAUAAGUCCUGCUGAUGCCAAGAUUGUCAGCAUUGAAUGGAGUAAGAAAACACAUGAAACCACAAAGCUGGUUUUGUACAGCCCAGUUCAUGGAAGUUAUCGGUUCUGGGAAAAUGUCACCAUCCACUUUGAGCACAAUAGUACCAACACAGUGAGGGGCUCCUAUUUGCAACUUCCUGAGGUCAAGAAAUGGGACGAAGGGAACUAUUCCUGUGACAUUGCUUCUUUUCCUUACGGCUCCCUGCGGACUACAACACAGCUAAUAAUCAAAGAUGACAUUAAAAUAACGUGUGAUGUGAAUGGCACCGUCGAAGCCCGUAACGGGGAAAACGUGACAAUUCGCUGCAGGUCACUUCCAAAUGCAAAUGCAAAGUACAGGUGGACCAAGAAUAACAAACUGUUGUCAGAGCAUGAAUCUCUGGAGCUCUGGUGGGUGACUGAUGCUGAUGCCGGGGUUUACACGCUGGCUGUCAACACAGGAAACAAACGUUUGCAUGAAGAGUUUGUGGUCACGGUGCUAACAGCAACCACAAGUUUAAAGACAGGGUCACCACAGGCUUUGACUGAAUCAGCAGGCAUCAGCCUUACAACGUCACCAACCCCUGACCUUUCUGACCACACAGAUUGGACCUCCAUCGUCCCUACAACUAUUCCAAACACCACAAAUGUUACAAUCACAACUGUUGAGCAUGUAAACUCUUUUACAAAUUCUACACAUAUCAAUGUCACGUCAUCGCCCGCCACACAGUCUUAUACCCAAGGUUUGGUCAACUCUACAGCAUCGCGCACUGUACAUCUUAGUACAGUGCUGAGCUCAACACAGGAAACGGCCAGUGGUGGGAUGAAGAAUGAGUCCAAGUUACAUACACAGCAACCAGAGGGCACUUUCUCAACGACACCAGAAGAAUCCAGCACGUCUGGAAGCAUUUCAAAAAAUCCCGGAGGAACUCCAACUGGAGGUGCUGAAGAUACGGUACCGAUUCAUCUGUUGUUGGUGUUAAUCAUUGUUCCGAUGCUGGUAUUGAUCGCCGUGGCUGCCGUUCUCUUCAGAAGACAAGUUAUAAAAAGCAGGAUGGAUCUACCACCUCCUUUCAAACCCCCUCCACCUCCAGUCAAGUACACAGCAGUAAGACACAGCGAGACUCUGACAGAGACUUUUCCCAUUUCGAGGUGUAACUCUUUAAUAGAGACUCAAAUAUGAAAUAUGUCAGUUCAAAAACCGGAAAGUGCAGUAAUUGUGGGGCUGUGGUUUAAGCCGUGUCCUCUUUUGGUUACAUGAGGUGUUACAAAAUGGUUUGACUUUUACUUUGCAAAUGUGUCUCUGUGUAUAUAUUUUCUAAGUGUUUUUUUAAUGUUUGUUUUUGUAUUAAUAUGCAUCCCACUAUGUAUAUUUACAAUAGCUGAAAAUAAAUG